UAUGUUGGGAAUGAGUCAUUAUUGUUGUGUUAAAAAUAAAUCUGAGCUUACUGAAUAUCUGGGCAACAUUCGCUCAGAAGCGCUAGAACUUAGCUAGAAUGAACAGGGGCAAUUUUUACAGAAAAUGGUAAUCAACAUUUGCAUUGUUCGUCUAAAUGCAGUGAUAAGAUCUAGAGACAUUGCAGAGUUCAUUGCUGUAGAUGUGAUGAAACUGCAUUCAGUUCGAGCUGAAUUUGGCAAAAAUCAGAACCUUGAACUUAUGAGAAUCAAUAAUAAUUUUUAGGACGGGAAGUAGAGACAUGAGCAUCUACAUUUGGUGCAGUAUUGGUGCAUAAACAUGGCUGCAGAAGCUACAGAACCAAAGACAUUUCUCAAAGCCCUCCAUGACAAGUAUGGGGACAAUGACAUACCUGAGGGCAAUGACCUGGUGUUGGUUAUGCAUGUUCCCAAUUCAGCACCAGGAAUGACAGACUCUGGCCAGUUGAUUCUUCCCCGGCAACUGGCAAUGAACUACCACAGUAUAACACAUGCAGGCAAUGAGGAAGAGAUUGCCAACCUUUGUGAUAAGGUGACAGAGCUAGACAUUGCCAACAAUUGUAUAUCUGACUGGAAAGAGAUAUUCAAGAUGAUGUCAGUUAUGCCAAAGAUUGAAAGCAUCAACUUUAGUUGUAACCCACUGAUGGCAGAGAUUGAUGACGAGGUUGGCAACCAAAGUUUUCCAAAUAUAAAACGCCUCAUCUUAAACAAGACUGGAGCAGCAUGGAGUACUGUGGAAGUGUUGCUGAAGAUUAUGCCAAGCGUUGAAGAACUACACCUUAGCCUCAAUGAUUACACAGAGGUGGAUCUCAAAGAAAAAUAUCCAAAUGUCGUCAACCUCCACUUCAAUGCCAACAAACUCAGGGACUGGGGAGAAAUAUGCAAACUGGGACGGGCCUUCCCAAAUCUUUGUAAUCUGGUGAUGGCAGAGAGUGAGAUGUCUCUUUGUGAUGACUUAGAAAUCGAGGAAAGUUUCCCAAAGGUGGUCAGUCUGAAUGCCAAUAAGAUUGGCAUCACCAGCUGGGAGGAGAUAGACAGGCUGAACAGUUUCCCUGCGCUCACUGAUGUUAGACUACAGGGAGUGCCACUGCUGGAGGAUAUGAAGGAAGAACAACGUAGACAGUUCCUUAUAGCCAGGCUGCCAAGGAUCAAUAGACUGAAUGGCAGUAAAAUCCAGGAAGAAGAAAGAGAUAAAGCAGAAAGAGCUUUUUUGAGACACUUCAUGGAUUCUGAGGAAAAACCAGAAAGAUAUAUGGAGUUAGAGAAGACCCAUGGUCAGCUUGACCCACUUGCUGACGUCAACCUGGGACCACCCACCCACACGGUCACUGUCAGGGUCACAUAUGACACGAAGGUAAGAAUGCUGAGCAUAUGCCUGGAUAACUCCAUUGUGGAUUUAAAAAAUCUGAUUCGCAAGCUUUUUGAAAUUCCAAAAGAAUGUGGCAUAGCAUUAUAUUAUAAUAAUGCAGAGGGCACUAUUCCCUACAGAGCGAGGGAGAUGGACCCCUCAAAAUAUGUGUACACUUACCUCUAUGAGGAUGGAUGUGACAUUACUGUAGAACCUCGUGAAAGGGAAGGAAGGAAGUGGAUAGAACCUACCGUACAUUUUGCAAUAAAGAAAAGUUUGACUGUAACACCACGCGAUUAAAUUAAACAAUCAGAACACAGUAUAAAAUCCAAAAUUUGUUUUUACUUUUGCAGUUAUUCAGUACUGAUGAUAAUGAAACACAUAUUACAAACAGUAAUGGAAAGUAAUU